AUGUACAGAGAAGCAACCGCAACAGGCCUUAGUAAAACCCCGCACAGCUCUCACCCACGGCAGGGACUCUGUGGGAACCGCCUGAGCGGUGUUGAAUCCCGAGGCAUUGAUGGUAGACUCACGGUGCUGAUGGCCACCCACUUGAGUAAUCUCACCAUGGGCAUUGUCUGUGCUGAGCUGCACGAUGGGUUGAUCAUGGGGAAUAUCCACCACGCGGAUGUCUUGGCUCAAAUUGUUGAGCAUGCUUUCGUGGACGUGCUGGCCACUAUUGGUGAUAUCAGCGCCGAUACUAUCAUGUCGGUCACUGAAAGUGUGGUGAUUGCGUUCGUCUCGGUCUUCACCCGGCUGUUCAGGCUCGUUGUUCAGGUUUCCACUAUCCACCACACCACCACCCGGCGUAUCAUCAUCGCAACCAUCACCUGCAGAUUCAUUUCCAAACUCGCAAUCAUCAGCCGACAAAUCACCCCCUCCAAAUUCGCUGCGAUAUUGCAAGCCCUCCUCACGCUCACACCAUCUCUCAAUCGCAUCCUGUGCCUGGUCAGGAUCCCCCCACUGCUGGGGCAACUGAGAAUAAAACUCCUCCAUCUGAUCAUCAUCAUUUUCAAGCAUCGAGGGAUUCGAUUCAUCAUAAGAGUCACCAUGGUCAUCGUAUUCAUCUCUGUCUGA